UCGUCGCUCACUGUGGUUCGGCCGGUUUGGCUAGCCGCUGUUAGCCGGUCUCUCAGCAUGGAGCACUUCCAGCGCCUGUUCGCGAAGCUGGAUAAAAACAAGGACGGGUUUAUCUCAGUUCAGGAGCUCCACGAAGAGAUGAGGAGGGUCGGGGUUGUGUGUGGGGAUGAAAAGGCUCGGAUGAUCGUGGCAAACAGUGACCGCGACAAGGACGGGCGGCUGGAUUAUGAGGAGUUCCUCGGCUACAUGAUGGACAGAGAACAGAAGUGGAAAAUAGACUUCCAGGCUCUCGAUAAGAAAAACUGUGGAGCCAUUGACCAGGAGGAUAUCAUAAAUGUGUUUAAGGAAUUAGGGGUGGUCAUAUCAAAGACGAACGCAAAGAGAAUAAUCCAGAUGAUGGAUGAGGACAGCUCCAUGACUGUGGACUGGGGGGAAUUCCUGCACCAUGUCAUCAUCAACCCAGUGGAAAAUAUUGGAGAGCUUGUGUCCUCAUGGAAGCACACGCUGGUGUUUGAUGUUGGUGAGAGCCGAUCUAUGCCGAUAGAGUUAACUCAGGAGGAGACGGACCUGUCAGUGUGGAGAAACUUCAUCCUGGCAGCUGGUGCGGCUGAUGCUGUUUCUAGAACUGUUACAGCUCCUAUCGACCGGCUGAAAACUCAGCUACAGGUCUAUGGAUCCAAGGCUGUUUCUUUGGGCUUGCAAGAUCUGAAAACAGGAGGAUUGAGGUCUAUGUGGCAGGGAAAUGCAGUCAAUGUGCUUAAAGGAACUCCACAAUCGACACUGCAGUGUUUCCUUUAUGCCCAGAUGAGGAAGCAGGUCUUGGGAGAAAGAGACUGCCUGUCAGUGGAGCAGAGGUUUGGACUGGGCUGUGUGUCUGGGGCUGUAGCACAUGCUGCUUUUUACCCCCUAGAGGUGCUGAAGGUCAGGCUUAACGUGCAGCAGGCCGGCACUUACAGGGGACUUCUGGGCUGCGCUAAGUCCAUUUAUCACAGCGAGUCUGUGUCAGCUUUCUACAAAGGUUUCAGGCCGAGCCUCCUGUGCAUGAUCCCCUACGCUGGAGUGGAGUGCGCCGUUCAUCAGUCGAUAAUGAGCUGGGCCAGACGAAACCCCACCAACAGCAGUGACUCCAAACUGCUGUUCUUCAGCUUUGUGGCCUUCGCGAGUGGACAGGCCAGCAGCUACCCUCUGGCAGUCAUUAGAACCCAGCAGCAAGCGCAAGCUUUUACAUCAAACUCACAGACAUCUUCCCACAUCCUUCAGGCACUGAUGGGGAUCUAUGAGAAGAGCGGAGUGAGAGGGUUCUACAGCGGGAUGGGGGCUAGUUUUGUGAGGGCCGUGCCGUGCGCCCUUCUGAAUUACACCCUCAUCUCUAAACUGGAAGAGCUGCUCUCCUCACAUCUCUGAUGUAGGAUAAACGUCUGCAUAGACAAACACUAGAUGUGUCAUGUAUCUGUGUGUAUCCUCGUGAUUUCAGGCAUUUUACUUUUUGUCGCUUGAUUAAAGUUGAUUGAAGUUUAAAUAUAAAAGCCCUCAGCUUAUUCAGCUGUCUGUUCAGCUUGGACGCACAAAAGUGGUUUACUAAGGACGUGAAGUGACACUGAUGCAAAGCACUGCUCUUAUAAAGCACCAAAAGCUUCUAGAGUCCUUGUGGAGAAUCUUUAAACUGCUAAACACGAGUGAGUGAGUGAGUGAGUCAGCUGGAAGGUGGAAGCCAGGGCCAUGUGGUACUUCAUAUCUAAAUAAUUUGUCCAGGCAUUUGGGUGUGAGCUAUGCAAUGACGUCCAGCAUUAUAGCAGCUUAUAGUGCCCCAUCAAUACAUAUUAUGGCAAAAAA